AUGCAAAUUAACAUGCACAUAACCACCAACAACCCCCCUCAACCAACGGAAACUCUCCUCCUCCUCUCCGCCACGAAAUGCCAUCCCCCACCACCCACAGUAUCCCAAUUACCCCAAAAAAGGCCACACCUCUACUUCGCCUACGGCUCCAACCUCUCCCCAACCCAAAUGGCACACCGCUGCACCAUAAACCCCACCCACUCCGCAAAACCCCUCGCAAUCGCCUCCCUCCGCCAUUGGCGCUGGCACAUCAAUGAAGCAGGUUACGCGAACGUGCUCCCGCCGCCAGGUCUGCGUAUCUCCUCGCAGACCAGUCCGGCCGCGGACAAGAUUCCUGUCUCGGGAGAAGAGGAUAGCGUGUUCGGGGUUCUUUAUGAGAUGGAUGUUGGUGAUGAGAGGAUCUUGGAUGGGUAUGAGGGGGUUGAUCGGGAGGCGGAGGAUUCACCUGGUCGUGGUGAGGGGGGGAAGGGGAUUGAUGUUGAUAUUCGGCCGAGGGAGCAGGGAGAGGGGGAUUAUAAUAAGUGGUAUGUUGAUGCCGGGGCUGUGGAGUGGCUUGAUGAGGAUGCGAGGAAGGUCUGGGAGAAGGAUGGAGAACAAGGGGAAGGAAAAGGAAAAGUGAGGGUUUUGGUUUAUGUGGAUGAAGAACGGGUGGUGGUAUCGAAGCCUAAUGCUGAGUAUAUUCCGAGGAUGAAUCGGGCGAUGCGGGAGGCGGAGGAGUUGGGGGUUAGUGGGCGGUGGUUGGAGGAUGUGUUAAGGAGGUUUAUUCCUAAGGAGUGA